UGAGUAAUUACAAACGUUCCUAUAAAUUGAGGGUAGGUGUGUGUUUCUGGUAGAGGCCUUGCUUUUCUCCCAGAGAGCAGCACUGAGUGAUCGACACACAAUGUCUUCUGGUUGGGAUACUAGUGGGGCAAGCUCCUUCAUGUCCAACUCUAACCUCACACUGACCGAUAUUAUGGACAUAGGAUUUGUAGCUGCAAUGCAAGGAAACUCUUCUCCCUAUCCAUCGCAGCCAGGUCAGUGGGACAGAAGAGUGCCUCCCAAGUUUACGGAGUCCCCACUUUUUGUGACCACGUCGGAAGGUACACCCAUGGUGGGUGGAGGACGAAAACUGUGGUUGGGUGUAGAAGAUGCUGGCUCCUCUGCCUGCCGUUCCCCACUGAAUCCUGAUGGUCCAUUUCUUGAACAGUCCUCCUUUGCUUCAGAACAACUUGGCCAAUUUAAUAACUCCAUUGUGGGGAUCUUCUAUGGUAGCAAAGUGUCCACACCUUAUAAGAAGGAAGGCAUGGAGACAUCUGAUCCAUUGGCAGUCGAUCUUACCACAUCCAAACUUCAAGAUUCAGAAGUAGUGCUCAAUGCAUCUGCACUGCAGAAACCUGCCCCGCCGCUAUGGGAGAUCUCAGAAAUAAAUUCUGCAUUGGAAGAAAAUACUCCUUCACUGGAGGUUUCCAUCUCUGAUUUGAGGUUUCCAAAUACCUCCAGUGACGGUGAACCAGCUGUGCCUGCUGUCCAGUCAUCUACUGCGCCUAUUGCCCAGUGGGUAGGUGUCAAGCACAAGGACAUAGGGCGCGCUUACCUUCAGCCUUUCCGUUAUCGGCGCCAGUUGAGUGCCUCAGAAAUCCCAGUUACAGGCCUACCCCCCUCUGUAUGUUUUCAGCUGGCUGCAGGGUCUCCAGACAAGCCUAUAGAGAGGCAGCUUGAGGGAACGGCUGGAUCCCAGGCUACUUAAAUAACCCAUAAAGGGCACAAAUUCCUCAAAGCGGGUUUUGGCUCAGGGAUUCUCUUUAGAAAAUAUCAUGCCGGAAGAUUUGGUCUCCCUUGCUAAAUAAUGGUGAUUGUAUAUCGCUACCUAUAGAUGUAUUGUAUAGGCUUUUCAAUGUAAAGUUUGUAUAUUAAUAAAGUGUAAAUGAAUCAAGCUA